CAGCGCUCUCUGCACUACAAUGACACUUCACUGGACUAUGCAAUAAGGAUUUCCGUCUCUGCAGUGAUUUGUCGCGCCCUGAGGGGACCGUUAUAUUGACCAAAAAAGUUUUAUACCAAAGUUUCAGUCCCAUAUAUUUUUCCAAGAUGCCACGAUCGUUUCUUGUCAAGAAACAUAUUAACUCCUCUAAGAAGCCAAAUUAUAGCGAGCUGGAAAGCCCUACAGUAUUUAUUUCACCGUAUCUCUACAAAGGCCUCCCAUUGCCUGUCAUUCCUCAACCGGAGAUCCUUAGCUCGGUCGCGUACAACCCUAUCACAGUAUGGACUACAAGCAGUUUUCCUUUAUCUCCGCUUCCAAAUGACCUCUCUCCCAUCUCUGGAUACCCCUCAUCGCUCUCUGACACCUCAUCCAAAGACCACAGCGGCUCCGAGAGUCCCAGGAGCGAUGAAGACGAUCGGAUGCUUACCAAACUUACAGAUCCUCAUGGAGCGGAGACAGAGAAAUUCCAAUGUAGUUUGUGUAACAAGUCCUAUUCCACGUAUUCUGGACUGCUAAAGCAUAAGCAACUGCACUGCGACGCUCAGACGAGGAAAUCUUUCAGUUGUAAAUACUGCGAAAAGGAGUACGUCAGUCUUGGAGCCCUAAAAAUGCACAUCAGAACUCACACUUUGCCUUGUGUCUGUAAAAUAUGUGGCAAAGCUUUCUCAAGACCGUGGUUGCUUCAGGGACACAUCAGAACGCACACUGGAGAAAAGCCAUUCUCCUGCCCCCAUUGCAGUAGGGCUUUUGCGGACAGGUCCAACCUCAGGGCUCACCUACAAACCCAUUCGGAUGUGAAAAAAUACCAAUGCAAGAACUGUUCCAAAACCUUCUCCAGAAUGUCUCUUCUGCACAAGCAUGAGGAAUCUGGUUGUUGUGUAGCACAUUGAGACUGCUGAGCUGGGAUACAGUGCCACCACCAGAGACCUCUGGUACUUUCCAGUCCUCAAGAACUGUUCAGGGGAUAUUACAUACUGAGGCUUUGUAACCAAAUAUACAAGACCGACAAUCCAUUUAAUUUCAGUGUAAAAACAAAUACUCUGUCUGUCAUGUGCUUUUCAUUUUAAGCAGUAUUUUUCUGCCAUUGCAACCAGUGUUGAACUAUAUGUUAGUUAUACCAUGUACCUUUCGGUCAUUGCUUUUCAUGUACUUUGGGAAGUGGAGAGAUUUGAAAUAAUGUGCCUUUUCAAACAUUUCGAUGUUCUGACCAAUCUCUCUCAGAGGAUAUGUUUCCGGUUAUGUCAUAAUAUUUUUAUUUUUUCUAAGAAACCACAUAGUUAUUCCACAUGGUGUAUGGUAACACACGAUAGAGACAGACUGUGCACAGCCAAUGGAAUAUUUAAAGUCAUUAUAACUUAAGGAAUAAGUGGAAAGACCAUUUUUAGGGUGACAGUAUUACAACUCAAUGACACAAAAACUGUUUUGCCAGCACUCAAGAUAACAAUACUUUUACAAAGUGUCUCACUUUGUCUUGACAAUUUAAGUAUUUUUCUGAAACAAUUGUUUGCAUUUGUAUUUUUAUAUAUUUGAAUGUAAGUGUGACUGAGAUUAUUGUAUUUUUGACAGUGUGAAUUGUGAUACUGAAUAAAUGAUUGUAAUAUUUUUAAGAUGCUUUUUAAAAUAAAAUUCAUGAA